UCCAGACGGAGAACAAGAAGUCGGACGAGUUGGAGCUCCAGGCAGCUUGCGUCCCCCUUCCAUGAGCUCCAUCCCGGCGUCGGAGGAGAGGCGGCUGCGCACAGCCAGGAUGAAGAUGGCACUGAUGUGGCUGUGCAUCGUUGUGCAUCUGGCUUUGGUCAGUGCAGGACUCUUCACCAGCAGCAGUCUCCAAGCUUCCCUCAGCAAUGAGUCAGUGAGCAGGUCCGGAGCCCCUCAGAGCCCAGCAGGGUCUUUCCGCCCAGGCAGACAGAGACCACUGUUUGCGAGAAGAGGACAGCAUCAACGACAAAGGAUUCACGUGCCGAAGACCAACGUGGCCCCUGCUCCUCUAAAAGUCAUCCCCCCUCCUCCUAAAGUGGCACCCAAACCCGCGAAGCCAAAGUGCGCUCCGCUCACACAGAGCUGUUUGCCCCAGUCCGGCUGCUGCGACCCAUGUGCCACGUGCCACUGCCGCUUCUUCAAUGCGAUCUGCAUCUGCCGAAGGACAAAAUCGUAACACGAGGAGAGAAACAGAAAGAGCACCGAUGCACCAAAACGGAGACUCAAAAUAGCAGUUUCAUCAACCACCUUAACACACAGACUGAUGUAUCACAUGGAUGGGACAAUGGGCACUAAAGUCAGCCUCUUGAGACAAUAAAUGCUUAUUUGAAGGAGUUUAAAACACGUUGGUACUUCUUCUGAAAGGCAGCUGUUCGGAAAAACCAUCCAUCACAUACAGUGCUUAAGCUAAAAUGUAUUAAUUUGUCGUUCAAGUCUUUUGAACAAUGCCUUCUGUAUAUUAUCAGUGUUAUUAUUAUGCUGGUUCCUUUUUUGGAUGUCGCUGACAUAGUUGUGGGGAGAAAGAAAUAUGAAAAAACAAAUAUAAAUAUAAAUACAGCUGCAUGUAUACAUAUACAUAUAUAUAUAUACGUACAUAUAUAUGUAUACAUAUGUACACAAACACACGUAUAUAUAUAUAUAUAUAAAUAUAUACUGUAUAUUUGGUUUUUUUCAUGAUUAUGUCCAUCAUUGAAUGAGAGCUUUAUCUUUAUCAGGGUGCAUGCUAGAAAACUCUGCAGGGUGCCCAAACUUGUGCAGACGCCAUUUUUUUGUUUUCUGUUAUUUUUAAAGUGUAAAUGAUGGAAAUAAAAUCUAACUUUUUUGUGACAUAUUAUACGAAGGUCUAAUCUGUCAUUUGAUGCCUUUUGGAGAUUUUUCCAUCUUUUCUUGACUUCUUUAUGCACAUUAAUACAAUUUUUUUCCAUGGGGUGCCCAAACUUUUGAACCCCACUGUAUGCAUUAACGGUGUAUGGUCGUGACUUAAAGUCGUAAUUUACGGGCUAAAAGUUGUGGCUGGAAUGCAGCAUGAGACUGGUUAAGAUUAAGGAUAUCAUAGUAAGUCAAUCAAAGGAAGAGUGGGGUUGCCUGGCAACCUCUUGGUGACAACAAGAAGGGAGGUCACUGUGCCUGGCCAGGAAAGUCCAACAUAUAGCCCACUGUAAAGGUUGAAAAAAAUCACGCUGUAUAUCCAAACAAAGACCUUGAGACAUGGCUACAGAUUUGGUGACAUUUAGCCUACAUUUUCAGAAUCAAAGAAUCCACUAUUCUUAUAAACCAUAAAGCCAUAAAAACUAUUGUAUUUCUUUUACAUAAAAGAGAAUGGCUUAGCUUCUACCAUGCCUGUAUGUCCACUUCCAUUAUAAUCAAUCAGAGUCAUUUUGGCAGAGAGCAUUUGCGCACAAUUUUGUUAUAACCUCAUAUUUGACAUGUAAUCAGGAUAUAUUCUCUUAUUGCAACCUAUCAUAGUUCAAUGUAACACGUAGAAUUAGCAUUUAUAGUAGCAUUGAUGUGAUAGAUGGAUUAGAUAGAUAUGCCUGAUCAGUGAUAAGCUUUUAAUGUUACAAUUUAAAAAGAUUGGGAUUCUAGCAUUGUCUUUACUUGUAUGUACGUUUGUGAAUGUGAUUUUGACUUUUCCUGCCAAAUACUACAAAUAAAGACAUGUUCCACACACACACACACACACGUACGCGCACUGGUGUUACUAUGGCAACAUCUAUCUGGGCUAAUUGCGACCAUUCAACGCAGGAUGUUGCAUGCUGUUAUCCAUUAGGUGUAGUAGUUUAUGUGUAAGUUAACAGGAUAAAAUAGACAUGACUGUUUUUAUAAUCUGAGACCAGCAACAGUGUGUGUGUGUGUGUGUGUUUUUCUGUAUGCAAUGACCUGAUGACCCCCUCUCAAAUAAACAAACCCUUAAUCCAAGUCAAUUGUUUCUCUAUAACUGCUCAAAUGAUCUUUACAAAAAGCGUUAAAUACCACCUGUUGUGUGUUAAGAAACAACCAUCUCUCUACCAGGGUGACAGCCGUUCUCCUCUGUCUGU